CAGAGAGCUGUGGUACUGGAGCAUCGAAGAUCUCCUCGAGAUGUAAAUGAUAGAGUACAGAAGCUAGAGAUAAGGGUGGGGGAGAUGGCUCGGGUGCUGGAUGAGGUCAGAGCUCAGACUGACAGACUGUUGAGCCUGGAGAAUAGGAUGGAGGAGCUGGCUCGUAAGCUGAAUGUGGCCACUAGAAAUGAUAGCCUGCAACAUCUGGAGGAUAUAUCAAGGGAGCUGGAUCGCAUGCAGAAAACGAUCAACACUCAGACUGACAACCUGUUGAGGCUGGAGAAUAGGAUGGACAAGCUGGCACAUACACUGAACGUGGCCAUUCAAAAUGAUAGCCUGCAACAUUUGGACAAUAUAUCACGGGAGCUGGAUCGCAUGCAGAAAAUGUUCAUAGCUCAGACUGACAAACUGUCGAGGCUGGAGAAUAGGAUGGACAAGCUGGCACAUACACUGAACGUGGCCAUUCAAAAUGAUAGCCUGCAACAUCUGGAGAAUAUCUCAAGGAAGCUGGAUCACAUGCAGAAAACGGUCAAAGCUCAGACUGACAACCUGUCGAGGCUGGAAAAUAGGAUGGACGAGCUAGCACGUACACUGAACGUUGCCAUUAGAAAUGAUAACCUGCAACAUCUGGAGCAUAUAUCAAGAGAGCUGGAUCAUAUGCAGAAAACCGUCAAAGCUCAGACUGAAAAACUGUCAAUGCUGGAGAAUAGGAUAGACGUAACCACUAGAAAUGACAGCCUCCAAAAUCUGGAGGAUAUAUCAAGAAAGCUGGAUCAUAGGCUGCACUUGGUCAGUGUUGAGAAUGAAAAACUAAAGAGAGAGAUGUACUUCCUGAAAUCAUGUUUGAAGGAGCAAUGCAAAGAAGUAAUUGAUCUUGUGGAAGCACUAAACCUACCUCACCGAAAAAGUGCGAGCAGCGGCAUGAUCUACAAACUACGUAACAGAGCACCCCACCUGACACUUCCCGCUGAAUAUUCUCACUUCCUGUACUCCAACCUUCAGGGUAGCAUGGGUGUUCAUGUGGUGGGGCGCCAGGCGCCUCGAUCCACUGCCACCAUCUUUUCUCUUUCGACUGCAUCUUCGCCUAUUCUCCAGAUCAUCUCCUCCACUGUCAAUAACACCCUGCGUGUGGACUACCAGGUUGAAGGAAGAGCGCACGACUUUGCCAGCAUUAACCUUCUGGACACAAACCCUUUUGCAAGUGAAAAGUGGGGUCAUCUGGCUGUGAGCCUGGAGCCUGACAGACUGGCAUUUUUUGUGGACUGUCAAGAAGCUGCAGUUUUUCCGAUAGAAAAUGAGAACAGGAUCAACCUAGAACUGCCUCAAGAUGUUCUCAUCACUCUUGGCAGCACAUUAGGAAAGAGAAGCAGUAAAUUUAGUAUGCACAUGACCCAGAUUCCCAGACUGACUCCAGCAAACCUCACAAUGAUUUACCCAGUAAACUUCAAACAAACCACAGAUCACAGGACCAAACCAGCUAUCAUCCUCAGGAGAUCCAGAGUGAUCAGAUGCAGGGAGCUGAGCCUCCUCGAGGUGAUAAUUCUGCUUCUCAGGAACAGAAAGAUGAGAGACUGA